ACAACAGGUGCGCCGCGCGCCGCGUCCAGACGCGCCGAGCCGUCUUCCCCACGUGCUACAGCGCGUGCGUGCUGCGUGCGUGCUGCGUGUGUUUCGUGCGCGCGGGAGUGCUGUGUUCCGCCGGAGCGCGGUGUUCGCCGGGCUGUGUGAGCGCGAGCGGUGUGAGACGGUGAUGCGCCUCUGAGCUCGUCUCUGAGCUGCGCGAUGCUGGUGCGCCGGUCGGCGGUGGCGGCGGCGCUACUGACCUGGGCCGGGGUCGCCGCGCAGGCCCAGGACGGCGCGGCCGAGUGCGGCUCCGGCGCCACGGCCGCCGCCGUCGUGUUCGCCGUGCUGUUUCUGCUCGCAGUCGGCGCUCUGGGAUUCGUGCUCUACAAAUACGUCUGGAAACGGCGGCACUAUCCCGCGCUGGAGAAGGUGGUAAUAGGAGAGAGUGGACACGAUUCCAAGUUCGCCUUCGAUAACCCAUACUUCGAGGGCGAUGACGACAUCGGCAACAAAAGUACUCUGCCUUCUACAGAUGUCCUCGUGGCUAGUGAAAAGACGAGUACUGCGCGCAGCGCCGACUCCAAGACGGGAAAGAAAACCUCGCCCUGGUCGCCGUUCGCGGUGUUCUCGCCAAAUCCACCCGUCGAGCGACGACGAGCACUCGAUGACUCAUUCCUGACGGAGCCGGAGAGAGUCAGCGUGCCACUGCGGGGCCACGACUUCACCGGCCUCGGCUUCAACAUCUGCGGCAACAUGCGCGACGGCAUCUUCGUCAAGGACGUGCUGCAUCGCGGCCCGGCCUCCGAGUCGGGCCAGGUCAGAGCAGGUGACCGUAUCACGGGCAUCACGGUCUCGCUGGCGCACGUGGUGCUGGAGGACGCACUGACCAUCCUCAGCUACGCCUCACCGUACGACGUGCAGAUCCACCUGGAGAAGGACAGACGGCCGACGCCGGUGGCCAAACAGGCCGUCAGCUCUCAGCCGAGCACGAGCAGUGAGCGGCUCUGUCACCCCUUCUACCGCAGCCAGAGCAUCGACGACCUCACCAAGAUUGGCCAGACCAAGCUGAAAUCUGCCAAGAAGUCGGCUCGCACUUCUCUCAGCCACGCUCCAGCCGAGGCAGCCACCAGGCAGGACGGCAGCCUCACGCCAAAGGCUUCCUCCUUCAACGAGAAGCUGCUGUCCAAGACGACCCCGCCUUCAGCUCGUACCGAGACCGAGCGGCUGGCGCAGCGAGAGGCCGCUCUGUCGGCGACCUCGCCAGAGCCUAGUGAGGGCGGCUACCGCGAGAUGGCAGUCGAUGUGCCCGACUACGUGCUCGAGAUGGACGCCAAGAAAAAGGCGGCGGCUGAAGCGGCGCGGAUGGGUCGUCUCGGCGCCAAGGCGCUCCCGGACGGCUCCUCCGGUGACCCCGAGCGCGGCAGCCCGGCGGCAGAGCGCGACACGGCCCGCUCCGGCGCCACCUCUAGUCUGGUGGUACAAAGUGAAGUUACGACAUCGACCGGUAGGCGGCGCGACGGCUCCGGUUCUAGCGACGAUUCACCACCGGUCGAGGGCAAGGCUGAGAGGUCCAAGUUCAAGAUGGGCAUCUCUGGCUUUGGUUUCAAGAAGCAGAAGAGCAGGAGCGACGCAGAAGGAGAGAGCGACGCAGGAGAGGCAUCAGGAGGGAAGGCGGAAUCUGAAGAGCGCCCCAAGAAGGGAACCAUGCCUGCCAUCAACAUGAAACUGCCGAAACUCGGAGGCAGCAAGCCUGUUUUUGAGAAUGACAAGUAUGUGAAGAAGGACGAAGAAGACGUGGAGACUCCCCAGCCUAUGGUAGUGGAGGUGGAGAAGAUAAAGUCUGCCAUGAACAGUCAGGUCCGAAAGCCGAGCGCUUCCUCCAGUGCGUCUGGUUCGGACGUCGAUGCCAUCGAAGUUGAUCCAGGUAUCCACGGAGAUAACGUGGACAAGAAAGGCUCUAAAUCGAAAUCAUGGGGACUGAAGAACAUCAAGAAAGGUCUCGGCUUAGGAAAGAAGCCAGAAAGCGAGGAGAGGGACCGUCGGACGACCUCAGACAGUGACGAAAAGGAGAGGAAGACCAGCUCCAGCUCCAGCUCUGGAGAGGAGACCAAAGAGCCGGCGCAGGGCGACCUCCCUGCCGAGAUGCGACUGGCCGCCGGCGUGGCGCAGGAGCGCAGAAACCGCCGUAACCGGCAGAAGUCGGCCAGCUCCUCCAGCUCAGACGACGAGAAGACCGUCGAAAAGAAGCCCAUCUCGCCGCAGCCUAUUGAGGUGGAGGUGAAGGUGGCUGACAAGCCGCUCUCCUCUCUCGCCGACGAUAAGCCGGAGGUCCAGGAAGACGUUCAGAAGGAAGUCCGGAAGGUCGAGACGGAGGUCGAGAACGUAGAGAUCCCUCGCGCCGAGGUGGAUAAGAUUGAGGUACUGAAGGAGGUGCUCUCCAUGACCCCGAAGAAGGAGGUGGCCCGCAGGGAACCGGAUGCGGACGCUCUCGAGGAUGUCGUCUCGGAGAGGGUGGAGCGCAGCACCGUCCAUCGCUCCACGGAGUCCCUCUCUGGCGACGGACAGCCCCGUAUCACCGGCGAGGUCACCGGUCUGGUGGAGGUGGGUGCUCGCCGUGGCCGCCCGCCGCCGGUUGGCUCACCGCCCAGUAGUGCCGACUCUUCCUCUGACGAUCACAGGGACGGCACUGCGUCUCUGAAGCGCGCCAAGAAACGGCGUAAGCGGCGCAGCGACAGUGCGCGCAGCUCCAGCUCGGCCGAGCACGCCGCUAACGGAGAGGCGAGCUCUGACGACGAGAAGCAGCGGCCGGUGGUGCGUCUGCCCGGUACUUCGCCGGCGCUGCCUCUGAGCAGCACAGAGAUCAGCAUCGACACGUCCUCCACGGAACCUCUGAACACGAGCACGCCCGUCAAACGCUCCGGCGGCGACGAGCGCGACCGCAAGUGCGCCUCGAUGGGCGACCUGUACCGGCUGGGUCCGUCCUCACCCGACUCGCCUCCUCUCGAGCGUGCCGUCUCCCUCGAGCUUCGCAACGCCGAGCCGGACAGUCACCGGCUGGGGCGCGCCGUCGAGACCGACAUCCAGGAGCCGCAGCUGGACCUGAGCCGCGUCGGCAGGUCCGGCGGAUGGCCGACGCAGCCUAAUGGUCUUAGGAACGCCUCCAGCGCCGACGGCCGCACGCACAUAGAGGUGGUGCCGGAGGAGGCGUCUGAGCGGCGCACGCCGGCUCCCUCCUCCACGGUGGUAAUGCUGAACCAGUCGACAGAGGACGUCACGGUCAUCUCUACAGAGGCGAGCAGUAUGAGCGGCCAGUGGGUGACCGCACAGGAGGGAGACACUCUCCUCGCCGACGCCGCCACAGAUGAACGUCGCUCCUCCGUCGCGUCCAACUCGUCGCAUUCGUCGACGUCCUCCGUUCCCAUGGAGAUGGAUGAGGGCACGCAGACAGCGUCGGUUGAUAUGGAUAGCUCCGGUGUGAACUAUGUUUCUGUAUCAUCGGUGACGGUUGGCGGAGAGGAUACGCUACUGGCGUCAACUGGCGGCGCGUCCGUGGUACCACCUAGUGAAAAGUUCGAGAGUGUAACAUAUCUCUCAUCGACCGAGGUCGGUGGACCGUCCAGUCUGGUAGAAGUCGUCCAGACGGACGCCGCCAACGAAAUAGAAGCCGCGAAUGCUGAUGCUGUGAAAGACGUUGCUGAUGAGGAUGAUGACGUCAAAGAUGAUGCAGUCAAGGAAGAAGGCAAUGGUGAUGCUGUUGAAAACGAUGAUGCAAAGAGUGAUGACAGUUUCAAUGGCGUCAUCCCCGAUUCUGAGCGAAACGGUCACGAGAACAGCGAAGGGAAGCGUUCAAGGCACAGCUCAACCUCCUCGUCUUCCUCUUCCUCGUCCUCCUCAUCGAGCGAGGAGGAGGCACCGCGUCGCCGUAAAACCUUCACCAACGAGCCGCUGGAGGCCUCCCCGGAGCUGCCCGUGCGGCCGGCGCCGGCGGCUCAGCGAGCAGCCUCCGAGCCACGGGAGCCCAGCGACCCGCCGGCCGACUCUGAACAGCACCGCGUCCUGCUGCGCGGCGACAGCAAGACGCGCCUGCUGCAGACGGUGCUGGACGCCCACGAGGUGAUGGUGACGCCGCACAAGGACCGGCGCCACAGCGGUCCGCCCAGCUCUCCGCUCAGUGUCGAGGUGUCCAGUCUGAUCCCGCCGCCGGCGCGAGCACGACCGGCCGCCGGAGCGGCGGACGAGCAGCGAGUCUCGGACAGGGAGCUGAUCGAGAUCAGCGAGGACGAGCUGGACUCAGUGAUGCUCUCCCAUCGAGAGUACCUGCUGCGCCAGGCCGAGCGGCUUUCUCAGUCGCCCAAACAGGCCUCUGAGGAGGCACAGGAGACCGGCGAGACGGCCGCCCCGGGGAAGAGCCGGCCGCGCGCAGCCGUCGGCGGCGACUCGGACGGGAGUGUCACCACGACUCUAAUCAUCGGAGAGUCACGACUGUCGGGCGGCGUAACGACCACGCUGAUCGGCGGCGGUGACUCGGUCGGCCAGGAGUCGGACUCCCCGCCUCCGGACCUCCGGCCGCCCAGCCCGCAAAAAGAGACCGCCGGAGUCUCGGCCACGGACUGGGACUGAGGGACCUCCGGCAGUCAAGACAGUCAGUGGAAAGUGCGCGAAUAGACGGAUGGACGGACUCUUAGCAGCUGCGAGCUGCUCCAAUCGCAGGGCAGACUGAUUCCCGAAUUUAUCUGAUCAGCUUCAAACCCAGCCGUCUGCCACGCAUUAGAGGUGCAGAUACGAACUGGAAUGCUAUCCAGACGUUUGAAAUGCUGUCCAGAUGUCUGAAGAUUUGGACAUCUGAACGUUUGAUUGUCUGGACGUGUGGAUGUCUGGAUGUCUGGAUACGAGUAAUUGCUCACGACCAUGGUGCUCAAUCUGCGUAUAGUGCCGGCCCGGUUAUAACUAGUGUGGUGACGAACAUUGCCGGCUGCCUGACGCUGGAGGCGGUAUGUGGCGCGCUGGUGGCGAUCGGUGGCGCACUCCCACCGAUGGACUCAAUGUGGCGCACUGCAUACGGACUGAACAGAGCGGGCGAAGCUGGGCUUUGUCAGUGCAAAGUUGUAUAGUUAUAGCAAUCAGAUGUUAUCGGCAGCAUCGAUGGUGUAAUUACCAGAUAUUAUAUGACGAUUGAAUUUUCCGGAUGCCAUUGUGUCUGUAUAUCUUGUGCUUGUAGAUGUAAGACAUUGAGAAUUACUUUUCAAUUGAUGGUGCCUUCUGAUACAUAAUGUUGACAUAGGGGGGUUCGCCCCUUAUCAUCCGGGAUAUAUUACGUACCGGAAGCCCUAUUAUGAUGCAUUUUAGCUACAUCCAAGUGUUUAUUACGUAAGUUUUUAAUUAUGAAUGUUGGAACUUGUUGAAACGAAUACGGAAUACUUACGGUUCGAUCGCCUUAGUUUCCUUGUCUUCAGCAAUUGCCUAUGCAUGAGAUUAGACAGCAAUUUGUCAAUGAGCCUCAGCGAUCAUUUGCUUUCGUGUCAUGUGCCAUGAGGUGUUUGACAAUCGCUCAGAAUGUUGGGUACGACCUAGGAGAGCUGCACGUUUUUACUAUUCGCUCAGAUGCUGUCGGACGAAUAGCUUUUGUAUUACCGAUCGAAUGACCGGCCUACGAAUUUUAGGGGCGUUACGAGCGACCAGCGGGUGCUGAAACCCACGACGUCGCUUGUACUUGGUUCGACGAGCGCUCUUCAUAUUCAGACGGGUCAUGUCACUCGAACAAAGCCCCGACUAGUUAUAUCAGCGCAUAUCGUCGAUUCGGUCCAUAUGUGGGGUCAAAGCUGCUGGUUGCAAUCCAUGUUUGAUUGUAUUUACUUCAGCUGCGAAUAAACUUCGAAAUGUGUA